AUGGGAAAGAGACCUUGCUGCUCCAAAGUGGGACUGAAUAAAGGAGCCUGGUCAAAGCUAGAAGAUAAAAUUCUUACAGAUUAUAUCAAAGUACAUGGUGAAGGAAGGUGGAAUAAUCUUCCCAAGUUGGCUGGUCUAAAACGCUGUGGAAAGAGCUGCAGACUUCGGUGGGUGAAUUAUCUCAGACCAGACGUAAAGAGAGGAAACAUAUCUCAAGAUGAAGAGGAUCUCAUUAUGAGAAUGCAUAAGCUUAUCGGAAACAGAUGGUCAUUAAUAGCGGGAAGACUUCCGGGCCGAACAGACAAUGAAAUAAAAAAUUAUUGGAACACGAGUUUGAGGAAAAAAUUGGAACCUCCAAGUUCCAAGGUUGCCAAUAUUAACCGCAAAUUCAACAAAGAAAAAAGCCCCAAACAAGCUUUGGAGCCUAAAAAUAGUGUUGAUUCAUCACAUUCCCAUGUGCCUGUGGAAGCUAUCCGUACCAAAGCAUUUAGAAUCACAAACAAAACCCAAACAGUAGUAACAACGCCUACAAAAUGCCAAUAUCCUAGUAAUGUUGCUGGUGAAGAAAACGACUCAAAUGGAGAAAUGAUGUUAAAUCGUCAUUUGGUUGUAGAUCAUGGAUAUCUAACCCCAGAAGCAGCAGAUUUGAUGAUUAAUUAUUGCGAUGAUCUUCAAAUGAAUGACAGUACCUGCGGGACUUCUGGUGGUCAUGCUUCUUCUCCCCCUAUAUUGAGUGAACAAGAACUUGAGUAUUGGUUCAAUAGUAGCAGCUCUAAUAUUUUUAAUGAGUGCACCACCAGUACCUUCGAGGAAGUUUUGGGAGAUUUGGAUUUCCGUCAUUUGGCGACUGUGUUAGAUUCUGAUGGUAUGAAAAAAGAAAAUUAG